CUUAUUUUAUCAUCAACGAAUAAUGCUAAUAAUAACGGCAUGAUUCCACUCAUGUGUAACGAUAUUUAGCGAGUGAAAGCGGUGCUUUUUUACACACAAUGGAGAGCCUGCUGAAAGACGAGAUCCUCUGGCCCAUCAACGACUCCUGGGCCAACUCAAGCAGGGGAAACGACAGCAGAGGAUUGAACCAAACUGUGAACCCCCUGAAGCGCAACGAAGAAGUGGCUAAAGUCGAAGUCACGGUGCUGGUGUUGAUUCUGCUGCUGGCGCUCGCCGGAAACCUGUGCGUCCUUGUGGCCAUCCAGACGAGUAAACACGGCCAGUCGAGGAUGUAUUACUUUAUGAAACACUUGAGCAUUGCUGACCUGGUGGUAGCGGUUUUUCAAGUCCUCCCCCAACUCAUUUGGGACAUCACUUUUCGCUUUUAUGGACCGGACUUUCUGUGUCGUUUAGUGAAGUACCUACAGGUGGUUGGCAUGUUCGCGUCCACUUACAUGCUUGUGCUGAUGUCCAUCGACAGAUGUUUGGCUAUAUGGCAGCCUCUCCGCUCCCUGCGCCGUCGAAAGGACCGUUUUUACGUAUUGGCCUCUUGGAUUAUAAGCCUCCUGUUCAGUUUGCCGCAGGUGUAUAUUUUCUCUCUCCGAGAAGUUGGCGACGGGGUGUUCGACUGCUGGGGGGAUUUUGUUCAGCCCUGGGGCGCGAAGGCUUACGUUACAUGGAUUAGUCUCACCAUCUACAUCAUUCCCGUAGCCAUUCUAAGCGUCUGCUACGGACUGAUAAGUUAUAAAAUAUGGCAAAACUUUAAGCUGAAGACCCGACGCGACCAGUGUCUGUCCCUGACUCCGCGGCCAACCAAAGGCGCCGCGCUCUCUCGCGUCAGCAGCGUCAAGUUGAUCUCCAAGGCCAAGAUCAGGACGGUGAAAAUGACGUUUGUGAUCGUCAUGGCUUACAUCAUCUGCUGGACGCCUUUCUUCUUCGUUCAGAUGUGGUCCGCUUGGGAUCCAAUGGCUCCAAGAGAAGCUAUGGCCUUCAUCAUCGCAAUGCUUCUGGCCAGUCUCAACAGCUGCUGUAACCCCUGGAUCUACAUGUUUUUCGCUGGUCAUCUGUUCCGGGAUCUCAUGCAGCGCUGCCUUACGGUAUCACACUGUGGCUGUAAGAGGCACUGGAGAAAUAAAAACCAUUCAGGAACGGGUGCCAUGAGGAGCUCCAGCAGCCAGAAGAGUGUGACGCAGUCCUCCACUACAUGAGCGGACGCUACUAUAAGAUAACAUAAGCUAAGGAAUUACUGACAUUUUACAGGUGUGAUGCAGACCUCAGUUACAUUAUUAGUGGAGGAUUUCUUCGUUAACCUAAAAUAUGUAUCUAUAUAAAUAUAAUUGCCUGUCUUAUAUGAGCCAUUAAUUUAUGUUUGUCCAUUACUUCUGCAAAUGUCACAUAUGAAAAUUUUAGAAGGGGUCUUCUUACUUUUCUUUUUCUUUUUAGCUUAGUCCCUUUAUUAAUCUGGGGUCGCCACAGCAGAAUGAACCACCAACUCAUCCAGCAUAUGUUUUACACAGCGGAUGCCCUUUCAGCUGCAACCCAUCACUGGGAAACAUCCAUGCACACUCAUUCACACGCAUACAGUACACUACGGACAAUUUAGCUUACCCAAUUCAUGCCUUUGGAUUUGUGGGGGAACCCGGAACACCCAGAGGAAACCCAUGCCAACACGGGGGGAACAUGCAAACUCCACACAGAAAAGCCAACUGAGCCAGCCGAGGCUCGAACCAGCAACCUUCUUGCUGUGAGGUGACAGUGCUACACACUGUGCCACCGUGCCGCCCUAGAAGGGGUCUAUUUUAAAAAAAGGUUAAUUCCAAGCUGUUGUUCAUUAACCUUUAUGUACUGUUGGGGAUGUUUUCAUCCACUCUGGGGUGAUUUUGAGUAUUAAUUUGGCCAUAAAUGUUUCUGUGUUUCAGCUAGCAGAAUGACUUUUAGUGACAAAUCUUA